CAUCCACUGCGCAUGUCAGUAAUUCCGUCUGUGUUUUGAGUUUAUGUAUGUGUGUCUGCGUGUGUGUUCUUUCCCACACGAGUUUACUGCAAUUCCGAAUUCUCACAACCACCGCCAGAAUGGCAGCUGCACCCCCGAACCAAGACGACUCUAGCCGGGGUAGUAGCGGUAGCAGCACGCCCAGCGUCCUUGUCGGGGACGGGGACACGGAAGAGGCCGAGGAUUUUACCUCCUCUUCCCACUGCACAGAGCUGUCUCGGCGGCAGAACGAACAGAGGAAGCAGGGAUUGUUCUGCGACGUGACGCUGGCCUUCAGCAGUGGGGCGGCAACCGGGAAUGUUCAAAGCUGUGAGUUUUCCGCUCACCGUUCUGUACUGGCCGCGGCUACGGACUAUUUCACGCCGUUGCUGGGAGGGCAGUUCUCCGAGUCGCUAUCGGGUCGGGUUGAGUUGAAGGAAUGGAGCGCUGAAUUGGGACCAGACCCGGAGACGGUGGAGAGUGUCAUUCAGUACAUGUACAUCGGAGAAAUACGUGUGAGCACCUGCAAUGUGCAUGAAGUGUUAGAGUUUGCUGACAGGUUCCUGCUGCUACAUCUGAAGGAGUUCUGUGGGGAGUUCUUGAAGAAGAAGCUGAGCCUGGCCAACUGUGUGGCGGUGCACAGCCUGGCCCACAUGUACACCCUGGACCAGCUGGCUCUGCGGGCCGCAGACAUGAUCCGACGCAAUUUCCACAAGGUCAUCCAGGAUGAGGAGUUCUACACCCUGCCCUUCCACCUGGUGAGGGACUGGCUGUCUGACGCAGAGAUCACCGUGGACGKGGAYGAGGUGCUGUUUGAGGCUGUGGUGAAGUGGGUCCAGAGGAACACAGAACAGCGGGGGAGGUACUUUGAGGAGUUGUUCCGUCUCCUCCGGCUACCCCAGAUUAAGCCCACCUYUCUGACGCGCGUGGUGAAGAACGAGGCACUGGUGGCGGCCAYCSAGGCCUGUCUCCGCCUGGUGUCCGAUGCCGUGGAGGGCCACGCCAUCCGCUGUGAGAACCUCAAGUCAGCUGACCUGGAGUUCUGGUCGUCCUACAUGGCCUCCUUCCAGCCGCGCUUCGGCCAGAACAUGGACGUGAUCAUGGUGGUGGGCGGGGUGUCGGAGGGGGGUGACUACCUGAGUGAAUGUGUGGGUUACUUCAUCUACGAGGACCGCUGGGUUAACCUGCCCCACAUCCACAACCACCUGGAUGGCCACGCCAUCGCCACCACAGAGUCCCACAUCUACGUAGCGGGAUCCAUGGAACCGGGCUUCGCCAAGACCGUGGAGCGCUAUAACCCCAACCGCAACACCUGGGAACAGGUGAGCAACCUGACCACACGUAAACACUCCUUUGGUCUCACCUGUAUCAAAGACAUCCUGUAUAGCAUCGGUGGCCACGGCAACUUCAGCCCCGGCUUCAAGGACGUGAGCGUGUACGAGCCUGAGCCGGACAAGUGGCACAACCUGGAGUCGGCGCCCAAGAUCCUGCGGGACGUGAAGGCGGUGAGCGUGGAGGACCGCUACGUAUACGUGACGGCGCGCACGCCGGUGGACACGGACAACGAGGACGGGCUGAAGACGGUCACCACGCGUUACGACACAGAGAGCCGCCAGUGGCAGGACGUGGACUCCCUGCCGCUCAUAGACAACUACUGUGUGUUCCAGAUGGCCGUYGCCRCCACCAACUUCUACCACACYGCCUCCUGCUGCCCUAAGAGCUACACGGUGCGGGACGAGGCCGCCAAGCAGAWGAUCAGCGCCCACAUCUCAGACGAGAUCCUGGAGAGCUUGCCGCCCGAGGUCACCAGCYUCGAGGGCGCCGCCAUCUGCCACUUCGACGAGGACGUCUUUGUGAUCGGCGGCUGGAAGAACAGCGACGACGUGGACAAGCAGUACCGCAAAGAGGCCUACCGCUACUCUGCCGAAAGGAAGCGCUGGAUGUUGCUGCCGCCCAUGCCCCAGCCACGCUGCCGCGCCACCGCCUGCCACGUACGCAUCCCCUACCGCUUCCUGUACGGCUGCCAGCGCUACCCCAUGCCCCAGAACCUGGCCCGCCAGCGGGACCGCAUGCAGCAGAUGCAGCAGCUACACCGGCGCACCCUCACCCUGCGCAGGCAGCUGCAGUCUCAGAUCGAGUGCUGAGCUAUCGCAACCCCUGUCUGUCCAUCACAUCCACCCCAGAGGAGGAGCAGCCCAGUCCAGCUCCAAACCCCAAACAUCCCCUGGCAGCCAUCGUCAUCAACCCCCACCCAUAACCUGCUGGAGCACUGGCUCCUUUGUUGCUCUCAUGUUGGUUAUUUUCCAAGAGAACUCUGUGCCAGAUCAUCAGGUUGAGACUAUGGUGUUGGUUGAGACUAUGGUGUUGGUUGAGACUAUGGUGUUGGUUGAGACUAUGGUGUUGGUUGAGACUAUGGUGUUGGUUGAGACUAUGGUGUUGGUAGUGACUGUGGUGUUGGUUGAGACUGUGGUGUUCAAGGCUGGGAGAUGUGGGAGUGAUGUGACUCUGUGCUGGCCAGGUGUUUGUCUAUGUGGGGAGGACAGGCUGAAUGUUACUAAUGUGAAUAGAGUGUUGUACAGUGACCAACAUCGGACUACACUACGUAUGUACGUCAGGCACAGGGGAUGUUUGUCUUUUUAUACAUACAUAUAGUAUAUAGUUGUAUAUGUAUACUUUUAUUAUAUAUCAAUAUUUUCUGUCCCCCUUUUAUGCUUAUAUGAUGUAGACAAUGUGACCCUUCAGUACGGCAGAAUCUACAUUCCUCCAAUCCAGUGUGCUUAGUGAAGUCAGUCGCUUUCUAUGACAUUCCAUCAGGACACUGACAGUCUCUCCAUGCAAAUAUCACACACAUACAUACAUACAUACAUACAUACACUCUGUCCAGCUGUAGGGUCGGGACAAUACCAGUAUUGCGAUACUCGUUAGUGUCGUGGCAAGUGAACGUAACACAAAGCAGAUUUAACUUGGUUAGGAAAACAAACAUUUUAUGUCAUCCAGAGUCACGUUUAUUUUUCCAAGCUAUAGCACACAAUAUGUUACAUACAGCAGGUUAUUCAAGGACCUACGGGUUCGGUCUGUUUCGUGUUUUCAUUUUUGCCAUGGAAAAAGUAUUGCCAUACUGGUGUCGUCCUGGCCCAACCAGUCAGUCGGAACAAACCCUUACCAAUAUGCCUGAUGGCUUUUCUGUGCUUUAUGUUAGCUUCUUCUGAAUGGCUCUGCUUGUUGUUGUUAUAGCUUUGAUACAGUAGCUCAACAUGAAUGAAGGAGAAUAGUCUUAUAUUUAUUAUCAGAUCUACGGUCCAAUCAAGAGUGGACAACUUAAUUAGUGAUUUACCAUCACUAUCUAUGUGGGCUGUGGUUUUCCCCUUUCCUUAAUGGAGCGCAGUAAAUUAGACUUCUCUCCUCCCCUGGUUGCUCCUAAUGUUUUCUUUGUCUUAUUACUGACGAUCGAUAGUGCGUUUCUUUGAGCAGUCAGUGCAGCGAGGGGGAGUCAAGAGAGAAAUCUUCCAUGUGGCAUCAGUUAGAAAGAUAAGAAGUUGGAAAGGAGAAUGGAGAUGGUGGGAGUCUGAGACAGAUGGAGAGAGUUUAUUCAUCUCUUAAUUAGACUCGUGUGCACCCAUCCGUCUGCAAGAGUGAUGGUCAUCAUUCUGUUCAUGUCUGAGUCUUGUGGGAAAUUCUCCUUGUCAGUGUUUUCUGACCGGUAUCUUAAUGAAAGUCUUUUUAAUAACUUUUUUUUUUUUUUUACCCAAUUGGUAUUUACAGUCUUGUCUCAUCUCUGCAACUCACGUACAGA